CAUAAAAUAUUCUAAUAUUUUUUCUCUCUGACCUUACAGCGACACAAGUUUGCGAUUCAUCAAAGCGAACACAUCAGAUGUAGAGAGGACGACUUGUGUAUCUAUCUAUUAGUCAAAGACCUGAGUGAGAUAGUACAGACUCUGGAGCCAGCCGUCAAAGUCAAGCCGAGCGGAGUUACAAAUCACUUGGCAGUUGCCCCCAACUCAACCAGAAGUCAAACAAGGUCCUCGAGACAAAUGAGCUCGUAUUUCGCACAUCCGAUGGCUGGUGCCGAAUUCCACCACAGCGGUGGCUCAAAUUACCCUCAGCAGUCGGUAGGGAGCUACGCGUUGACCGCCGAAGGCCCACAGCACUCCUCCCAUCGCCACCAGCACUACCAGGCGGGCAACCCUGUAGCUAGCCCGCCGGCAAGCUACGCCUACCCCUACACCGAAGAUAGCCUUCACUCUCUACAAAACGGCUAUUACACCAUGGAAGGGGCUACCGGCAUGGAUGCCACCACAGCGAUAAACCACCAUCAUGCCGCAUCAGUGAACUCUACUUGCGGGUACACGGUAGACCCCUGCUACCAGACCUCGCCCGCGGGUAUGGGGGCAAUAUCACGCAGAAAGACACCCACUAACACCCCUCCAGUCACCCUCUCGGACUGUGCGUCAAACGCAAGUCCUCCGACGAACAUCAACAACAACAAUAACAAUCACCCUGGCUCAAUAAAAGGCUCGGGGAAGGGGCAAACCAACGAACAAAUCUACCCUUGGAUGCGACGUAUACACUCCACGACAGCGGCGGCACAGAAUGGUACAGAACCGAGCAAACGAUCCCGCACGGCAUACACCCGUUACCAAACGCUCGAACUAGAGAAGGAAUUCCAUUUCAACAGGUACCUCACACGACGACGACGGAUCGAGAUCGCACACGCACUCGGCCUGACGGAACGACAUAAAAUCUGGUUCCAAAACAGGAGGAUGAAGUGGAAAAAGGAGCAUAAUGUGAAGAGUAUCUCACAGCUUAUCAGUCAAGAAGCGGCAGCUAACCUCGCCGGCGCGACGGUAGCACCGCCCUCGGUUAUGCGCUGAUACUACGCCAGCGCGUCGCUUUGGGAACUUGAACUUAUGACGUCGCACUGCCGGUGAUGGUCGGUUUUACUGCGGUGAGUUCUAUGGACUUCAUUUGAGUAAAGCACAGAUAGACUUUGGACCACGUUAACCACUUGUAUGAUAUUGUCGAUAAACAUUUUUCUUUCUGUCCGUCUUGUGAUAAUAAUAAACUAAAUCAAAGUUAUUGAAUAUCUUGUACAUUGAUUUUAAAAAAAGGUAAAAAAGAUUGGAAAGGAAACCUCAGUGUACUGUAGUGAUGAUUAAGCGUAAAUUGAAUUGUUCAGCAGUCAUGUUAUUGAUCGCGGAGACAGCGGGAUAGUUUGGUAUUUAUUGAAAAAAGUUCAGAAAUGUCUAGAGUUGAGUCAUGGGUGAUGGAUACAGGGAGCGUUCUUGCACGUCAGCCCGAUUGUUUGAUCUCGUCGCGUCAUAGCUAGACUAGCCCAAGAUAGAGGGUCUUGAUGUUUAAUGAAUAAUAAAGAUUCUUCAAUAAAACAAAUGGCCCAUUAAAAUGGAUGGAAGGAGAGUGAGAUGGCAAUGGGAACACAGACGGAUCGGCAAGGCAGCGACAGUUACUACAGCCAGCCGUGGUGCAACUCAAGCGACCAUUCACGAGGGAACGCGGCUGAACCACCGCGCCGAGCACGGUGCCGAAACGUGGUCAAAGGCAGAGGAGGACAAGCAAGGCGACGGAGCCACGAGACACCAACACCCUCAGGCGGUCACAUGCAAAGGCAGAAGCGCACCAAAAUGGCGACCGAAUGAUGGAUUAUUUGUCCGCAGGCGGUGUGUAUCCACAGACCGGCUAUUUCUCACCGGCAGUAUGUGACUUUUAGGUAGAGUCGAUAGUAAUCCGUAGUUUCCCUCUCUUUCAGCACCAUUUCGCACCAUUUGCAUUUAUUUGUUAUAUUUUCAUGCUGUGUACAUACUAAAAUGUAGUUGUUCAAUCAAUAUUCAUGUCACAAACUGUAAUCCCUAUAGCUGUUUGCCGCUAAACAUGCUGAGAUCCGUUUCAACUCCGUUCAGUUUUUUGUUUUCUAUUUUAAAGAGAGCAUGCUUGAAAUGCCUAAAUACAUUCGAGGAUGAAAACAAUAUCCAGCUGUUUUUAGACUCUUACAAUUUCCCUUAGGCCAUGGCUACAUGGAAAACCUGAUUUGUCCUCCUUUACGAUUGUUUAAAAACGCCGGAUAGAAAACGUAGGUAUUUAAUUAUAUUUAUAUAUACAUAAAAGCUUAAAGACGUAGCUUUUGAUGUCAGUUACUUCGAGAAAGAGGAAAGAGUUGGUGAAUCAAGGAAAAACAAAUUCAAACACCAGAGAAUUGUACAUCAUAGCAGAAUUAUCUUGCAGGUUGAUUAAAGAAUUUAUAGUAUCUUCACGACCAUUCACCUGUUCAUGUGGAUUAUUUGAUGACAAAUGUAGUAAAAGGCUACAAAAAAGUAUCAUUUCCUUUCUCAGAUAUCUAACUUCAGAAAUAAUGAUUAUCAUUUAAGUCACUGCCCCCGUAUUUGAUAUGUAUCAUUGAACCCACAACAUGCCACACUUUUAUUCACCGAAUUAAAAGAAUCAACUCAAAAAUAUUUUUGCCGCUUUUUCUUCUCGUAAAGACAUAAAUUGCAUCCUUCAUGUUCAUAGUGUCUUUUCGUCCAUUUUUAUUAUCGAUCCUUUUGCUGCUCGAUGGCAAAUCGAUGGUUUACAACAUAGUUCAGGUUUAAAUCUACUUUGUCAAAUUUGUGGAUUCCGGCCUUUACGAUUAUGUAAGUACUGAUGAUUGUACACAAUACGAUGAAAUGUACCGCCAAUUAUUACCAAACGUUGCCAAAUAUGUUCAACCUAUUGCAAGGUAAAGGUUUGGAAUAUACAUUGUAACUCUUUAUGCAAUAUAUCCCAGAUCUCCAAAUUCUACAAGCAACCCUUUAAAAUUACUAUGACACCUGCAGUGAAUAACGUGAACAAAAAUUGGAAUUAUUUCAAAAAUGUUUUCCAUAUAAAGGAAUAUCCAAUUUUCUAAAAAAAAAAAGCUCAAUAAUGUUUGUAAUGCUUAGUGAUUAAAUAAUAUAUUUCGUGAGUUCUGCAAAUUUCAAUAGUUUAACCUCUUCGGUAGAUAAGUGACAUUUGGAAAUCAUCAUAAUUAUAAGCAACUGUUAUCGAAUACUUCAAAAAGUACAUUAAGAGUAUUGUUAUAAAUGUAAACAUUAUGAUUGAACUCAAAAUAAUACUGAUUGAAAAGUAGUCAACGAUCCCUAAUACAGCAGCUAAUUUGUUUUUGUUACAAAUUAGGUAUAUCUAAAAUGUCUAAGGCAAAGGCACAAGUCUCAAACACCGCCAGAUCAUUUUUUUCUUUUUCUCGCUUAUAUGAAAGCCAUUUAAUAAACCACUGAAGGCUUUUCAGAAAUGGACCACCCGGAAAAAAGAAAAGACAAAAACAAAAAUCAAACGUGUAAAAAUGAAAUCUACGCAAAGUGGAUUGCAUUCGAUUUGAGAAGAUACUGGUUAGCGGACAAGACGCGGCCUUCAAAAAGUGCGGUGUAAGGUAGCCAAUCACUAUCCAUCUUCAUUCCCUCAAUCUUUAUUUUGCUUCUCCAGAUCGCCAGGCUUUCUUAUCAUACGUCCACCAGGUCAUAGAUUUUGUUCCUUGAUGCUAAAUGGGAAAGAGGGAGAGACGGCCGAUUGAAAAUAAGACAUGUCAAAACCGCACAUCGGCGGGGAAAUUUUCGGUACUGCUGAAACAAUAUCUAGCUUGUGUGCGUUAUGUGUGUGUGCGUGUGCGUAUGUGUGUGAGUCCUGCUCAAAUUGUUCCAAAUUACACUCGACAGUUUAAUGGGUAUAUUGGGUUGGGCUAUUGACUCACAGUGUGGAUGAUAAUGGCGACUCAAGGGAAGUAUACAUUAAAUAAUGGUGUAAGGGUAAUACUUGAAGCAGGCGCCAACAAACAUUCGCAAUGUUGGGAUGAAAGGGCUCGGGAUGAUGAUAGUUUUGGUAUGUUUGGCUGGAAGAUAAGGAAUGUUUGUCUUUAAUCAGUGAAGCAAUUCCUCUAUCGACUCUACGAUAUUUUGCACUCAAAAUCCGUUUAUUAUGGAAUGGUGCUUAACUAAGGCAGUACCAGAGAAAUACAAAUAAGGAAAAUUAAAAGGUGGAAUAUUUAACAUACGAGUUAAAGAAUUGCAGUUCUAUUAUAGAGCAAAUAAUAUUUCCCCCAAAAUUUAUUUUUAAUGGAAAAUGUAGUCUACGACUUGUGUAGCCAUUUCUUAAAAACAGAGAUAAAUAUGUUUGGCUUUUUAUGGUCUUAAACAUUGUAUUCAGCUCAUGUAGCACAAAAAUAAACGAAAUGAAUAUGUAAAAUUCCGAGAUUGCUUUUGGAAACUUAAUUAUUUUCUUCUACGUGAAUAGGUAGAUAAAUGCCAUUUUACACGGAGAUGAGCCCGUGAAAUGCCCAUAGCAAAAUGAAAAUAAAAGAAAAAACUUAAUAAUUAAUCAAAAUUCUUGUAAUAGAAAAAAAGCUCUCUCUCUCUGCCCCAUUUGGUAUUGAGUGAUACCGCCCAUGUUCCUGAUGCUGUUUGAGAGAAGCAAAAAAGAGGAAUCCCAUUAAACAUUCUACUCCAAACGAGAAUCGAUCAAAAGCUCUAAAUCUAUUUACUCUCGCCUGACCUGAAAUAACCCACCUAGCUAUUCCAUCAUGUAACAGCAUACAAAAUAACAUCCGUUUUCCCCUCUCUUAACGCUCACCGGUACGGCUAGGUACAAUUAAGGAUUCAGCCAGCAAAAUGCAGGGGAGUGCGUUUCUCCUCGGCUCUGUUUCCCGAAGUGGAGAUUCGAAAUGGAAUUCAAUUUCGGGAUCUUCCGCAUUUCUUGAUUAUCUUGAUUUGGUAAAUCAAUUGGUAUUCUUCGUUCGAGACGCCAUUAGGUGUAGGUUUUAAAUAACAUGAUGUGUGUUUCUUUCUACGGUAGAUAUGAAAUGACCAUCGAAAAUGUGAUUAUUGUUUUAGGAGCUUUGAGCCGAAAAUCUCAUUUCUGUCGUAUCGAAGAGUAACCUAACAUAUAUUUCAUGAUUUAGAAAGGUUAGAAAGGAAGAAUUGUUAACUAUUUGUACCGUUAGAGAGAAAUGUUGCUAUAAUUGAUCACUAAUUAAUUUCUUUUCAUUCAAUCUUGGGUAACAUCCAAAAAUCCCUGUUGAUUACCUUGCAGGUAUUUGCAAUACAUGUCUCUUUUUUGUUUUCUGUCCCCUCUCUCCUUCUCCUUAUGUUUCUCCAUUAUCCAUAUCCGUUCACUGUACCUCAUGUAGUUUUCUUACAUAACAUGUUGAUGUCAUCAGCUUUUUUGGACAGAAGACAAAUUCUUUAAAAUAGUUCCUCAUUUAUUGCUAUUAUUAGCUCUUUUGUAUCCCAUCGCUUCUGAAAUCCUUGAAAAUUGGAUAGUGGCUGAUUGAUUGAAUGAUUGCGAAUACAUGUGCAUUUCCAUUUUCUCAUAGUUGAUUAUCUGUUUGUACAGUUUGUAAGAUAUUGUAAUCUUUCUUAUCGUUUGAUUGUUCGGCGAUGAAGUUUAGUACUUUGAAAUGAAAACUAUGUAAUAAAAAAGGAAAAUACGUCGAUACAUAUUUAUUAUUGACACGAAUUUCAGUCGUUAAAAGCAA